AUGACUGUGAAAAAAUGCAUGUCUCAUGAUGCGUCAGCUCAUGAAUGCCAAACCGGCCUGGUCUAUGGAAAAUUUGGGUACAUUUUCCAGUCUGUCCAGUCCAGUCUUUACCAUAUAGAAAGAGAUGUUACUGAAAUUAAGGUCAGUUAUGGUUCCUUUCAUUCUACAAUGAAUGACAAAACUCAGUUCCCUUAUUUAUUCCGGGUAGUUCCAAAUGAAACACCUCAAUGUGUUGGGAUUGUUCAUCUCCUUAAGCAUUUUGGAUGGAAUUGGAUUGGCCUCCUCACAUCAGAUGAUGACAGUGGAGAAAAUUUCCUUCAAAAUCUGAUACCAAGAUUGUUCCGGAGUAAUAUUUGCAUUGCUUUGAAAGAAAGUAUUCCGACAAUUAGAAGUUUUGCUGAAUAUAGAUAUCGUGAAAAAAUCUUGGGGGGGAUAGGUCUAAAAAUCUGGUUCAGCAAACUCAACGUCAUUCUCGUCUAUGGAGAUGAUGAGAACAUGGAUGGCUUCCGAGCAAUUCUACUUUAUUUUGAAAUUGAUCAUAGAGUGCCUAUAGAGCGGGUUUGGAUUACAACUUCCCAAUGGGAUGUCACAUCUAUUUUGCCAGAAACAAAAUUUUCAGCAAAAUCCCUCAAUGGUAGCUUGUCCUUUGCACUGCACACGAAUAAAGUGCCAGGAUUUCAGGACUUCAUUGAGACCCUAAAUCCACACCAAUCUAAUAUUUAUUUCAUCCAGAAGUUCUGGAUGCAUGUAUUUCUCUGUUCACUACCACAAUAUAAACUUUAUGGACCUCCAAACAAAAACUGCACAGGCGAAGAGAAGCUUGACAGUGUUCCUGGCACUGUGUUUGAAAUGGGAAUGUCCGGUGGCUACGAUAUUGUGAACUUGGUCACAUUCCCAAAUCGAACUUUUCAAAAAAUCCAAGUUGGUCGCGUAAUAUCUGAAGAAAUUGCAGGUGAAGAGUUUACUCUUAAUAGAAGUUUGCUGAUAUGGAAUCACAGAUUUCAGCAGAGUGUCCCACGCAGCACAUGUGUCGAGAGCUGCCCCACUGGACACAGCAAGAUAGUUCAAGAGGGGAAGCAAGUUUGUUGCUACGAUUGUGCUCAAUGCCCAGAAGGAAAAAUUGCAGCCGAGACAGAUGCAGACCAAUGUGAGAAAUGCACAGAAGAUGAAUAUCCAAACCAGAAGAAGGAUAAGUGCGUUCCAAAAUCCAUAACCUACUUAACGUACAAGGACCCCAUGGGAGCAGGCUUGGCUUCUGUCGCUGUUUUAUGUUUUGUGGCCACAGUGAUAGUGAUGGGGAUCUUUGCCACACACUGGAAUACACCGAUCGUCAAAGCCAACAAUCGAAGCAUCACUUGUGUCCUGCUCUCCUCUCUGCUGCUUGGCUUUCUAUGCUCUUUCCUAUUCAUUGGCCAUCCUUGGACAGUGAACUGCCUUCUCCGGCAAACCCUGUUUGGCAUCAUCUUCUCUGUUGCCGUGUCUUGCGUAUUGGCCAAAACCCUCACUGUGGUGGUUGCCUUCAUGGCCACCAAGCCAGGGAACAGGAUGAGGAUGUGGGUGGGGAAGAGACUGGCCAUGUCAGUCAUCAUUCCCUGUUGUUUCAUUCAAACUGGCACCUGUGCACUGUGGUUGGCAACUUCACCCCCCUUCCCAGAGUUUGACACGCACUCCCAAGUGGGUCAUAUCAUCAUACAAUGCAAUGAAGGCUCAGACAUCAUGUUCUACAUUGUACUGGGCUACAUGGGUCUUCUGGCCACCAUCAGUUUCAUGAUGGCUUUCCUAGCCCGGACCUUGCCUGAUUCCUUCAAUGAAGCCAAGCUGAUCACCUUCAGCAUGCUGGUCUUCUGCAGCGUUUGGAUCUCCUUUGUCCCCACCUAUCUGAGCACCAAAGGGAAGGGCAUGGUGGCCGUGGAGAUCUUCUCCAUCUUGGCCUCUAGUGGAGGCUUAUUGGCUUGUAUCUUCUUCCCCAAAUGCUACAUUAUCAUAUUCAGACCUCAACUGAACACCAGGGAGCAGCUGGGAAGGAAAAAAUAA